AUGGGAACCUAUGAUAUGUGGUUUGAUGUAUCCCAAUUCCCAGACGAGAUCCAAUACAUGUCGGAGGACAUCAACAUCGGGAUUGACGACACGAUGUACGAAAACCUGAUCAUGUUCCUGCAACGGCUUACCGGUGCCAAUGCCAGCGCCAUCCCCGAAGGCAACGACUAUUUGCAGACCGCCUUGACUGCACUUGAUGAAGCCGUGAGAAAUAUCCAGACUGAUGGCAACGACUAUAACGGUGGCACUUGGAGCGAUCCACAAGUCACCGCCUGCAUCAGACAGCUGCGGGGGGAGAAUCACUGCUUGAAUAUCUUCACAUUCGUGGACGCACUGUGUGUCGAACAGGAGCAGGACACUGGGCUCAGGUUCGUCGACAAGCUGACCGACACCGAGCUGAAGAGGACGUUGCUGAAUGUUGCGGUGCAGACCAAGGGCUUGUACACGGGUACCUAG